GAAACGCAGCUGCUGAAGCUGCGGGCGGCCGACGGCUUCACCUACGAACGCACCGGAAUAUCGGUGGCCGUAGGCUCCGACGGGGCCCGUGCGGUGGUGGGAACUUGGGACGAAACAUGGACCCGCUUCGCGUGCGCCUUCGACGGGGCCACCGGCACGCAGUUGCUGAAGUUGUGGGCGGCCGACGGGGCCAAUGGCGACGGUUUCGGCAAGUCGGUGGCCGUGGGCCCCGACGGAGCCUUGGCGGUGGUAGGAGCCUGGGGCGACGACGGGCCGGGCACCUGGACUGGGUCCGCAUACGUGUUCGACGGUACCACUGGCGCGCAGAUGCUGAAGUUGUGGGCGGCUGACGGGGGCCCUUACGACAGCUUCGGCAGUUGGGUGGCCGUGAGCUCCGACGGGGCCCGUGUGGUGGUGGGAGCUCAUUACGACGACGACGCGGGCAGAGCUUCCAGCUGCGCGCACGUGUUCGACGGGGCCAUUGGCGCCCAGCUGCUGAAGCUGCGGGCACCCGACGGGGCCGCCGACGACCGUUUAGGCUUCCCGGCGGCCGUGAGCUCUGAUGGAGCCCGCGCGGUGGCCGGAGCCAGCAGGAACGACGACACGGGCUCCGCGUGCGUCUUCGAUGGGGCCACUGGCCCCCACACGGGCUCUGCGUGCGUCUUCGACGGGACCACUGGCGCGCAACUGCUGAAGCUGUGGGCGGCCGACGGGGCUUCCUAUCACCGGUUCGGCUGGUCGGUGGCCAUGAGUUCCGACGGGUCUUUGGCGGUGGUGGGAGCCCACUCUGGGCCUUUGGCCAAUGACGUCGCAGGCCCCAACUUUGGCUCCGCGUACGUCUUCGACGGGACCACUGGCGCGCAGCUGGCGAAGCUCCUGGCGGCCGACGGGGCCAUCGGGGACGAAUUCGGCCGGUCGGUGGCCGCGAGCUCCGACGGGGCCCGCGCGGUGGUGGGGGCUUGGUCCGACGAUGACGCGGGCCUGUCCUCGUGCUCCGCGCACGUCUUGAGCCUGCCGCGCACGACUAUCACAUCUAGCACAUCUACUUACACCGCGACCAUGAGCACUACGCGGCACAUGACCAGCGCGACGCCGGCGACAACAAUGCCUGGGACGCCGGCGGCGGCGACCAACGCCGAGAGCAUCGUGUCCGAGACCAUG